GGAAAAUGCGAGAGCUUCUGGGCGUCUGUCCGGAAGCAGGUGACACAACACGGAUUGAUCCGUGGAACAUUGUCAAUGCGGAUCAAACUGCUGUGUUCCUGGAGAUGCUGCAAGAAAGGACAUUGCACCACCAAAGCGAGAAGACGGUCCACAUACACAACGCGGGAUACGAGGAGCGACUUAUCGUGAUGCUUGGGGUGUCGGGCACGGGCUCGAAGCUGAAGUCGAUGGUGAUUUUGAAGCGCAAGACAAUACCCCACAUACUGAUUCCAGACG